AUGGCCUGCUGCGGAGUCCAUCUGACACAGACAACCUUCCAUUUUUUUCCCCUUUCCUGUUUUAUUCGAAUUGCAGCCCUGAACGCGAGCUCCACGGUUGAGGAUGACUAUGAAGGGACCUUCAAAAGUCAUAAGACACAGACAAAGGAAGCUCAAGAAGCAGAAGCUUUUGCCUUGUACCACAAAGCUUUGGACCUUCAGAAACAUGACCGAUUUGAGGAGUCUGCUAAAGCUUAUCAUGAACUGCUUGAGAUUCAUCUUCUACGAGAGGCAGUUCUUUCUGGCGAUGAGAAAGAAGGGCUGAAACAUCCAGGCUUGAUGUUGAAAUAUUCCACCUAUAAAAACCUAGCACAACUGGCAGCACAACGGGAUGACUUAGAGACAGCCAUGGAAUUUUAUUUGGAGGCUGUAAUGCUAGACUCUACUGAUGUCAACCUGUGGUAUAAAAUUGGUCGAGUGGCAAUAAAACUAAUCCGCCUACCUUUGGCUCGUCAUGCUUUUGAAGAAGGUCUCAGGUGUAAUCCUGAUCACUGGCCUUGUUUAGAUAACCUUAUCACAAUCUUGUACACACUCAGUGACUACACAACAUGUUUGUACUUUAUCUGCAAAGCUCUGGAAAAAGACUGUCUCUAUAGCAAAGGAUUGGUUCUGAAGGAGAGGAUCUUUGAGGAGCAGCCUUGCCUCCGGAAAGAUUCUCUAAGGAUGUUCCUCAAAUGUGACAUGUCUAUCCAUGAUGUAAAUGUGGGUGCAGCUGAAUCAGGAAGAAUCAUAGAUGAAGCACUGGAGCUACGUAAGAAAAGACAAGCUUUGCUGGUGCGUGACAGAGAACCAGACCUUAGGCUGGUCCAGCCAAUCCCCUUUCUCACGUGGAAGUGUUUAGGAGAAGCUUUACUUGCCAUGUAUCACCAUCUCACCACGUGUGAUCCUCCUCGACCCAGCCUGGGAAGGAGAAUUGACCUCUCAGAAUACAGAGACCCAGUUCAACCUUUGCUUCUCUCUCCUACCUCUGCUCCUGUCAGUGUUAUUCAGCCAACUCCUGUCAACACUAAUCCAGUGGUGACAGUGCCAGAGCCAGUAUUACCUUUUACUCCAACAACUCCCAACUUUCCAAGUCACACUCAGAAUUCAUUGGAACCAGGAGCUGCUGUAGGUGACAUAUCUGCAGGUGAUAAAUCUAAGAAGGGUGUGAAACGAAGGAGAAUUACAGAAGAUAGUGGUGAAACAGCAAAGAGGAGAUCUGCUAGAGUCCGGAACACCAAGUGUAAAAAAGAGGAGAAGGUUGAUUUUCAAGAACUGUUGGUGAAAUUCCUUCCUUCCAGAUUAAGGAAAUUGGAUCCAGAAGAGGAGGAAGACCCUUUCAGUAAUUAUGAGGUACAGUCAGAGAUCAAAGAGGAGAAUUUCCAGCACGUUGGACCACACAGAAUGUCAUUUGAUUCAACGACGUUUAUGGAAUCUGAAAAACAGGACGUUCAUGAAUUCCUGCUGGAUAACCUGAACAAUGGUGGAAUCUUGGAGCUGAUGAUGAGAUAUCUAAAAGUCAUCAGCCAAAAGUUUCUAGUGAAGUGGCCUCCUGGCUUGUGUGAGGUGGUCCUUAGUAUCUAUAAUAGCUGGAGGAAGCAUAGCAGUAGUCUUCCCAAUCCAUUACUGAGGGACUCAAGUAAUCAGCAUAUCAAGGAUAUGAUGUUGAUGAGCCUGUCCUGCAUGGAACUGCAGCUGGAUCAGUGGCUACUUACAAAGAGGAAGAGCUCUACAGUUUCUCCACGGAAUUGUCCUGCUGCCUCUGUGAAUGGAAAGUUUGGUCCUGACUUCCCAGGGACUCAUUUCUUGGGAGACCUUUUGCAGCUGUCACUUGCAUCCUCACAGAGAGAUUUGUUUGAGGAGGGCUGGAUGGAGUUUGUCACACGGGUGUACUGGCUGAAAGCUCGCUUUCUGGCACUGCAGGGAGACAUGGAACAAGCACUUGAAAACUAUGACAUCUGCACUGAGAUGCUACAGAGCUCCACCACAAUGCAAGCUAAAGCUGGCAAUGAAAGCAGCAUUGUGAUACGGUUACCUAAUCUGCACGUGGAUUCUGUUGUCUCUUUAGAAGAGAUUGAAAAGAACCUGAAAUCUCUGGAGAGAUGCCAGUCUUUGGAAGAGAUCCAGAGGCUGUAUGAGGCGGGGGAUUAUAAUGCGGUGGUGCAUCUGCUUCGGCCAACCUUGUGUUUUAAUGGUUAUGGUAGAGCAAAACAUCUGGAUUUUGUAACAUCCAUACCAGAGAGACCAGCACAGCUGCUUCUCCUACAGGACUCCUUGCUCAAACUGAAAGAUUACAAGCAAUGCUUUGAACACUCAGAAGUUGCCUUGAAUGAAGCAAUUCAGCAGAUGAUUAAUAUGACAACAACCUCUGCUAAGGAAGAGUGGGUUGCCACGGUAACACAGCUGCUUGCAGGAAUAGAUACUUCAUUAUCCUCAGUCAGCAGCAUCCUGAAAGACACUUCUAUCACACCAAGCCUCGUUCGAUUAACCAACAACCUGAUUCAGAUCAUAGACUGCAGCAUGGCAGUCCAGGAAGAACCAAAGGAACCAUAUGUCUCCUCAGUGCUUCCAUGGAUUAUCCUGCACAGGAUCAUCCAGCAUGAGGAAGAUGCUUUUCAAUCCCUUUGCUGCCAGCAGCAGCAGAACCAGGGAGAAGAAGUGAGUCCUGAUACCCCUAUGUUGCCUUCUUCACUCAUGCUGCUGAACACUGCCCAUGAGUAUUUGGGAAGGAGAUCCUGGUGUUGCAAUUCAGAUGGUGCUCUUCUCAAGUUUUAUGUUCAGGUACUACAGAAAGAACUUGCAGCAUCUACUUCUGAAGAUACUCAUCCAUACAAAGAAGAGUUGGAAACAGCCUUGGAGCAGUGUUUUUAUUGUUUAUAUGGUUUCCCUAGCAAAAAAAGCAAAGCAAGGUACCUAGAAGAACAUUCAGUACAGCAGGUUGAUCUAACAUGGGAAGAUGCUUUGUUCAUGUUUGAAUAUUUUAAGCCUAAAACUCUUCCAGAAUUUGACAGUUACAAAACCAGUACUGUCUCUGCUGAUUUGGCCAACCUUCUGAAGAAGACUGCUACAAUUGUUCCCCGAACAGACAAGCCCAUGCUGAGCCUGGAUACUGUAUCUGCCUACAUUGAAGGAACGUGCAGCAAGGCACCAUCUCUCCCAGAUGGUGCAGACUAUUCUCCACCAGUGGUGACUGAGUUGUACUAUCUUCUGGCAGACUAUCAUUUCAAGAAUAAAGAACAGUCUAAGGCCAUUAAAUUUUACAUGCAUGACAUUUGUAUUUGUCCAAACAGGUUUGAUUCAUGGGCUGGCAUGGCUCUGGCUCGAGCCAGUCGUAUUCAGGACAAGUUGAACUCUAAUGAAUUGAAAAGUGAUGGCCCCAUCUGGAAGCACUCCACUCCUGUCUUGAAUUGCUUCAAGAGAGCCCUUGAGAUUGACAGCUCAAAUCUUUCCUUGUGGAUAGAAUAUGGCACCAUUUCCUAUGCCCUGCAUUCUUUUGCAUCCCGACAGCUUAAGCAGUGGAAAUCAGAACUCCCCCCUGAAUUUGUGCAGCAGAUGGAAGAGCUUCGAGACAGCAUGUUGGAGACAGCCAAGCUGUGCUUUACCUCAGCAUCUCGCUGUGAGGGAGAUGGUGAUGAGGAGGAGUGGCUUAUUCACUACAUGCUGGGGAAGAUUGCAGAGAAGCAGAAGCAGCCUCCUGUUGUCUAUCUGCUUCAUUACAAACAGGCAGGUCAUUACUUGCAUGAGGAGGCUGCCCGAUACCCAAAGAAGAUUCACUACCAUAAUCCACCUGAGCUUGCCAUGGAAGCUUUGGAGGUGUACUUUCGUCUUCAUGCUUCUAUUUUGAAACUUGUGGGGAAACCAGACUCUGGAGUAGAUGCAGAGAUACUAGUUAGUUUCAUGAAAGAAGCUUCUGAGGGACCAUUUGCCAGGGGUGAGGAGAAGAACACCCCAAAAGUUGCAGAAAAGGAAAAAACUUGCAUGAUUGAUGAAGAUUCUCACUCUUCAGCUGGAACAGUGCCAGGCCCUGGGACUUCCCUCCCCUCCUCCUCUGGUCCAGGUCUGACAUCCCCACCUUACACAGCCACUCCAGUUGACCACGAUUACGUCAAAUGUAAAAAACCCCGUCAGCAGGCAACGCCGGAUGAGAGGAGUCAGGAUAGCACUGCAGCAGUGCUGUCUGACUCCAGUUCCACACAGGAUAUGUUUAAUGAGCCCGCCAGUUCUCAAGACAGCCUGAGGAAGACUUACCCAGAGAAGAGGAUUUCUACUACCUGUGCUGAUACACUAAUGCCCAGCAAAGAGACCCCGGGAUCUACAGAGGAAAAGAUUGCAGGGAAGUCAGAAGAGCUGCUGGAAAGCUCAGAGUCUUACCAUCCUGCUGAGCCUACAGGCCAGAAAAUUCUGGUGGAUCCUCAAUCUGCUUCUGGCAAUCCCCUCAAAGCUGCAAUCCUCCCACCCUCGCAGUGGGACUGCAAAAAGAGAGCUGAGCCUUGUGGAGAUGCAUCUGAAUUUCCUCACGGCCUCCCAACAGACCUGGAGGAGCAGCGGAAGUUCCUGACAGAGCAGUGCAUCGCCUCCUUCUGCCUGUGCCUCAGCCGCUUUCCCCAGCACUACAAGAGCCUUUACAGGCUGGCCUACCUCUACACAUACAGCAGGACACACAAGAACCUGCAGUGGGCCCGGGAUGUGCUGCUGGGCAGCGGGGUCCCCUGGCAGCAGCUGAAGCACAUGCCUGCUCAGGGCCUCUUCUGCGAGAGGAACAAGACUAAUUUCUUCAACGGAAUCUGGCGCAUCCCCGUGGAUGAGAUCGACCGCCCGGGCGAUUACAACACCUUGCUGAAAGUGUCAUCUAUGCUGCAGAGGACCCCUGAUCAGGGAAAGAAGUACUUGCGUGAUGCAGAUCGCCAGGUUCUGGCCCAACAGGCCUUUGUGCUUACAGUGAAAGUGUUGGAGGACACUCUCAACGACCUAACCCAGGUUUCAGAAGAUCAGAGUUCCAAGUCUUCUAACCUUGCUUCAGGAAGGAUGACAACAGACGUCUCUAAUAAGACUAGUGCUGAAGAGGGGAAAGAUGUCCUUCCCAAGAAGCCAGUUUUAUCAGACGGAGUAGUACAUAGUACUGAAAAUGGAGUAAAGGAUGUGACCCAGGGACAAAUUCCCAAUGCUAUGGAUAUAUUGGAACAAGAGGACAAGAAUGACAAGGAAAUUAAGGAGCUCCCCAGGCCUGGUUCAGUUGAGCCUAUGGAUCUUGAUGGAUAUUCCAAUGAUCCUGAAAAAAUUGAUUCUUCAUGUAAACGCAGUGAGCCAGACCGUCUUCAGCCUGGCAGGAACUCAAAGGAGAGAGCUCCAGAGAGCCGAACUGCUGAACUCUCCUUGGAAGAGCUGAGUAUCAGCUCAAAACAUCAGCAGGCAACUAAGGGAAUAGUUCAAGCAUUACCUACAGAAGAACCUGUCCAGAGAUCAAGCAGGAAGAGGAAAUUACUUGAGGACGUGGAGUCUGGGAAAACACUCCUGCUUGAUGCUUAUCGCGUAUGGCAGCAAGGUCAGAAAGUUAUGGCCUAUGACCUGGGUAAAAUUGAGAAGAUCAUGUCUGAAACGUACAUGCUGAUUAAACAGGUGGAUGAAGAAGCAGCACUUGAACAGGCAGUCAAGUUUUGCCAGGUACAUAUGGGAACAUCAGCACAGAAACAGUCCACAGGAGAAACACCCACAACCCCAAAGCAUACAAAGGACAACAGAGAAAGCUUCUUCCCAGUAGUGCCAGCCACACUGCAUCCUACCCCAGUGAAUCCAGAGACUGUCACUUCUGAAAAUCUCCUGAGACUGAAUGAUCUACAUUCCAAAUCCAAACCAGCCUCUUCCUCUUCAUCCUCCUCCUCCUCAGCAUCUUCAGUACCUCCAUCACAGGAGUCACACAGGGACACUGAGCAUCUCCGGAGUCAACAUGCAGAGGCUGCUCCCAGUGAUCUUGCACGUGAGGAAGAAGAGCUUGAAGUGCCUUUGGAGGGGCUUGGAUUUCAGCAACAGGAGUCACGACUUUGUCAACAGAUGAAAAUGGCUACUGUGGCACCAUCACCAGAGCCUGUUUGCUGGCAAGUGGAAUCAGUAACUAGCACAAAUUCAGGACAUGUUUGUACCCAAGCCUCCAGUUCCAAGCCUGAACUCAGCUCCAGUUCACAGACUUUGGGAACUCAGCAGAACAAGACAGAUGGCACCCGAGUAAAAACUCGCAUUCUGCCCAACAUGCCAAAGCUUUUCAUACCUUCAUCUGUCACCAAAUUUCCACCUGAGAUCACUGUCACUCCACCCACUCCCACCCUCCUUUCUCCAAAGGGCAGCAUUUCAGAAGAGACCAAGCAAAAAUUAAAGUCUGCUAUUUUGUCUGCUCAGUCUGCAGCGAAUGUAAAGAAGGAGAGCCUUUGUCAGCCAGCUUUGGAAAUCUUAGAGACCUCAAGCCAGGAGUCCUCACUGGAAAGUGAUACUGAUGAAGAUGAUGACUACAUGGACAUAUGAGUGAAUUCUGGCCAUCAACACCAACCAUAUAACCAUUCUUCUUGUUGCCAGCAUCUCUGGUAGUUGAAACAUCUUCCUUGGCAUUGCUCUCCAUUUAAUCUGCAUCAUUGUGUUCUUCACUUUCAUUACCUUUAUCACCACUACCACUUGUAUUGCCUUCAAAAUCUUCACCAUUCUCUCCAUCAUGGUGCUUGACAGAAAGAAUGAUUGUUGACCAGGCAGUCAAUUAAUUUGGACUGUGCUGUCACCUUUAACAUCAGUAAACACAAAGGAUGUUCUGAGCUGCAAUUUGUAUUUCUCUACUGUUGCUGCUUCUUCAAACCACAGCCUUGGGAGUCACUCCAGUAGCUCUUUUCUAUAGCAUUUUCUUCCAUUUAGUUGUCUUUUUGCAUUUUCCCCACUGCUUAAGUUUUUCAACCAAGAAUUCAACAGCCAAAUGUCUGUCUAACCAUGCCAUGAUUAGUCCAACGGCUCCUCUUAAGGUGUUUGGAGUAGGAAGAAUUGGCUGAGCUGGUAGAGGUUUUAAUUGCAUCAAGAAAAUUUGUGAGUUUGCUAUGGGGCAAGAAGGGUGAGCUGGGAGUCUGUCAGCUCUGUGGCACUGCUGGGUGCUUUGUUGGAAUGUCACUCAGUGACAAGAACAGUGACAAAGAACCAGCUUUUCCAGGCAGACAGAGAGGUUGGCCUCCUGUUUGUGCUCAUUUCACACCAAUGUAUGAGGUCCAGCAAAAACGAUCUACCUGAAUGUUGGCUUACAGAACUGAUCUUUCCAGAAUUGUCUUACAGUCCUAUCUCUUCUAAUGCAUUGGACAAGCAUUUUGAAUUGGGGGCUAGAUGAUAUUUUUAUGGUGGUAUUGAAAAAACUUGAAAGAUUUCGAUACCAUUUCAGUAAUGUCUGUUUUUUACAGAAUGACACGAAAGGUGUUUUUUAUCUAUCUGCAGAGGGACUGCUUACAGUUAUUUAUAUGAGAAAAUAAUGGUGACAAACAUCCUUUUUUUUUCUACCAAAUGGUAACUUUGUAAAAUAAUGAAUGCAAACCUUGCAAAAAAACCCAUCACACACUAUAUAUACACACGCGUGCGCCCACACACAUAUAUAUGUGUAUGUACAUAUAUAUGUAUGUAUAUGAAAAAUGAAAAUGCAUACAGCUUGUGAUGUCAGAUUUCUUUGUGUUUAGGAGAGGUGGUUUUCUGUAAAAUGCAGAGCUUUGUAUAAACUUUUGGGUUUUUUUCUAAUAAAGCUGAAAUG